AUGACAACGUACGAAAAGCUGUUUUUCAAAGCUUUUAACUGCUUGCCGAAUGAAUCCAAGGCACUGGAAGAAUAUUCUAAAGAUGAACUUAUUCGGCUAAUUAACAUCUUAAGACAAGGUAUCGAAACGUUGAGUACAAUCGAUAACAAACCAGAUGAAAGUGACGAUUAUGGACUUGGAAUUGCGGCAAGCACUGAAGAGGAAUUGCAAGCAUUUCAGGAAUUUUGUUCGAAGAAUUAUCUACCCAUUUCCAAAAAUAACUGUCAUGUUUCUUCGGUUUGUAAUCAAGAUAUGAUCGAUCGUUAUCUAUCGACGGCCAUUCAUUAUCAACGGACUGACUACGCGAUGUUUAUCAUUUUAAAAGAUGUUCAACAUUCGCAAUUAUCCUCGUUAAUCUUGAAUAGACAAUUCUCAUCGAAUAAUAGGAUAUAUAAAUAUCAACUGAAGAUUCUUGUACAAGAUGUCAAUGAAUCUUACGAAGAUUUUCUCCGCAAAAUUCGUUGUCAACUUCUAGGAGAUAUAUUUUUCAUCGACCGUGAUGAUCAUGAAUCUAUUCCGUCAUUACCAGCACCUAAAGAACCGCAAUUCGUAUCCAUUUCAGCUCAUACACAAAUUGCGUGUUGGCCAUUACCAGGACGACGUGAUUUAGGUCGAUUUCGAAAAGAUUUAGGUGUGACUCACAUCCUCUCUCUGAUUAACGAGAAGGAAAAUAAGAAUACAAAGAUCUGCGGACAUGUACAAUCCGCUGGUAUUCAGUCGCUACAUCUUCCAAUCGAAGGUGCUGAAUUAUCAGUAUUCGCAUCAUCACAAGAAACAGUAGAUUUAUUAAUUGAACGCGCACCGGCCAUCCGUGAACUUCUUUUGAACAGUACCGAAAGCGCACCUGUAAAAAUGAUCAUUCAUUGUGCAGCUGGUUUACAUCGAACCGGUGCCAUCACCUACUUAUUGCUGCGACUGUGCCAAUUCGAUAUCGAUCAAGCCUUGUUAAUAAUUAAUCGAACACGAUCAAUUACAGCAAGACAAGUAGGACAGAAGAGAAUCGACGCAGUGGAACAUAAUCUACUAAGCAAAAUUCCAUAG